AUGGCUAGGCGUUUAAUCCCUUCUCUGAACCGCGUUUUGGUUGAGAAAAUCAUCCCUCCAUCAAAGACCAAUGCUGGAAUUUUACUCCCAGAGAAGACCACCAAGCUAAACUCUGGAAAAGUUGUUGCCGUUGGUCCUGGGCUUCGUGAUCGGGAGGGGAAGGUUAUUCCUGUUUCUGUGAAGGAAGGAGAUACCGUUCUGUUACCUGAAUAUGGAGGAACUGAAGUGAAGCUUGCUGAUAAAGAGUAA